GUCUAAUCAAUUCGACGUUUCCUGGACUCAGCGGGCCUGGCCAAACCAUCGAGGCUUGAAUCCCCGUCACUGUGAUGAGGACUAAACUCAAGAGAGAAUAGCGUAGGAUGCAGCUGAAGGGGCUGAAUCAUGAUGAGUCGACGUCAAUCCUGAACUGCCCCUCGUCUACGAUCAUCGACGCCGUACUGGAGUCGCGCCUCGGACAUAGCCGCUAUUACCCCAUAUUCGAGACGAUUAGUAUUGGUUGAUCUGGCCUCGAAGAAGGACUCUACAGCAGCCAUGGUGUAUUUUGGCCCAUCAAGAGGGUGCCUGACUUGCAAGAAACGGAGGAAGAAGUGCGAUGAGACCCGCCCUGUACGUGUCGGCCUCCCCCCUAAGAGAGACCUGCCCCUGCUCUACCACUGGAUGCACUACACAAUCCGUCCACUCUAACAGUGCUCUACCGAGCGUAUAGUCCUGCCUUCGGUGCCUAAACACCAACCGCGUCUGUCGCGGCUACGAAGCCCACGCAAAUGGCAAUCUGAUCUUCCGACAGCACGAACAACAAUCAAAUACUCAACCACCCCGCCCCCUACCUUUCCACUCAAUGGCCCGGAAAUGCAGUCUCCCUGUGCGCGUCCCAGUCCCAGGAUCAAGUAGCCUUCCCCCAGACAUUCUGCCGAAAGAAGUGCCACGCGAUGUUAUGGGAGAGUGUGCACUCCGUGCGUUCUUUUAUGAUUUCUGCAUCGUUCCCAUCAACCCGACAUUAUCCCGAGGGUUCCUUGGCGGGCUGGAACGUAUGGUUCAUCGAUCGGGCCUCCAGUCCCAGGUGGCUAAGGCGUGUAUGGCGGUUGGCUAUGCGAGUCAUGGAGUCAAACUGUUCCGGCCGUUUUUCGUGCAAGAGGCCGAGGAGCUCUACCAUGAGCUGUUGAGUGCUUUAGCCCAAGCGAUUAGAGAUCCGGGGGCAAUUGACAAGGAGCCGACUGUGGUUAUGGCUAUUCUUCUUGGUUUGUAUGAGAUGAUCAUGGCUCGUGACACCGCUCCUGGAAAUCAUGCUGCCCAUGCAGGUGGAUUAGCUGCGCUGCUACGGAUAGAGAAUGAUCCGUUGUCCCUCCUGGAAGCUGUCUGUUCGGGGCGGUCUCUGUUACCUAACGCACUACGUGGCCAGGGAAUGUUCUCCACAGUGUGCUCACUCGGCCGGGGAAAAGAUCUCGACACUUUACUCCUGCGUUUGCAAUCAAUAUGCCGCGCAUCAGAGACCCUAUUAUCACAGCCAUCACUCCAUGGCACUGAACAACUACGCAUCCUUCUAGCAGAGGCCUCAGCUCUAAAUACCGACAUAGCUCAGUGGCAACAAGCGCAGAGCGACAAGUUCAAACCGACAACAGCCAGGCAUAUAAAGCCCGACUAUACAUCUCGCCAAUUCAGACCGGGAGUCGGAUCUUGGCCCGGUCGCGUCGACGUCUACUUCGACAUGAGUUUCGCAGCUAUUUGGAACAUCUCACGAACCGCGCGAUGUUUCUUGCUGGACCUCAUCAUUCGAAUAUCCGAGAUACUCGAACCAGAAGCCUCUGAGCAAGCACCAUACAAGCGAGAUCUCAUAACCUUGCUUUGUGAUAUCAUCGCCUCGAUCCCAUAUCUCCUUACCGAAGACGUGCAGGCGUUCCUACGGCAGGAUGCAACGCAUGAUAUCUCGAACCCGGGAAGAGCGGCAGGCGGGCUACUUCUCAUGCAUCAGCUCUACGCUCUUUCCAAGCUGCCGACGGUGUUUCCGGAGAUGCAGGAGUAUUUCAAGAGAUGCUUGGGGUGGAUUGGGGAGCGGAUGGGGAUCGGGCAGGCGUCGCUGUUUGCAAAGGAUGCGGAUAUCAAAAUGGAAUAUGUGACGUCGGGAUGCGUGAUCAUUUGGGCUGCGCUGCUUGUAUGAGCAACGACAACGACGAGGCUAUGAGCGGCUCGUAAGAAGUUUUUGAUCGAUUGAGGAAGGCUCAACUUUGGGGCGGGGGCGGUGGUUCCUUUUGGUUAUAACUGGUUACUUGAUCGUAAAAUAGGAACGAACGAUCCCUUAAUUGGUGAAUAUGGAACGCACAACCGGCGUAGCAACUCUUGGCCGUACCUUCUGUUUGCGAUGAGUCAAGCGACGAGGAAGACACCCGCGGACGAUGAUCGCUCCUUCCUCCGACACAUAAGCGAGGAGAGAGCCACAAGUUGUCUGGUACUGAGACUAUCUCCCGA